AUGGAGUCAGCUGGAAGCAUCGGACUGCCUGGAGCCUCACGGCUUCAUCAGGUUAUGAGCGCCCAAGGGGAUGCUCCGCAAAUGAAUGGUACGGUGGAAGCGCAACCACUGCAAGCAGGCUCUGGAUCCCGAGAGGAUGUUUCUGGAGCGGCGAAUGGUGCAGACAGCACCGUGGCUGGGAAUGAAUCCCGGGAGCAAAGAAGGGCUGCGAUCAAUGAGCCUUCGUUGCCCGGACCUUCCCAGAGCGGACAAGAGCCGAUGCCAUCUACCUCUUCAAUGGGAGAUACAACCGUCCGCCAGCAGGCGGAGCGAGAGCAAGCUGCGACGAUUGGCGAGGCGGGUACUGGCCCGGGGGUAGAAGGUGUGGCGAGGCACUACAUUAAUGCUGAUGCACAACUGGAGUAUCUGACCCCGAGAUCAACGAGGUCAGGAGCUGGACAGCCAGCGUGGCUGUCAGCAUUAGAGUUGCCGAGGUGGAUGACGCGUUUUUCCACCUACUUGAGCGCGCCGGGGCGAGAUCAAACUGCUCCGAGCCCGCUGACAGGCGGUGCUUUGCCGUCACCGGGUGGCCAGGCCUUCGUGCUUAGGUCGCCAACCAGGCUGGGGCGACAGGUUCGCCCACCGACUCCUCCGAGCUCCUCGAGCAUUCCAGCGGAAGCUAUUCAGGCAGAAGUGCAGAGGCAAAUGUCUGGGUUGCUGGUGAGACUACAGGAGGCGGAGGAGCGCAAUGCAGAGCUGAGUGUUCAGCUUGAUCGAGCCAGAGCGGAAGCUCUGACGGUAAGAGAAGAGGAGGGCCGGGUCUUCAAGGGAGGGAUUCGGGACUACCCCAACAUUCCGGAGUACCGAGAGAUCCUAACCUACCCCAACAUUCCGGAGUACCGAGAGAUCCUAACCUACCCCAACAAGCCGGAGUACCAAGAGAUCCUAACCUACCCCAACAAGCCGGAGUACCAAGAGAUUAUGUCCUACCUCAACACGUCGGUGAACCAAGAGGGCAUCUACAGGGUGAACCACCAGGACUGGUUGGAGAUUGCAGGGACAAGCAUGGCGGAUGUGAGCGAGCAGAGCGGGAAAUGGUGGCGCGCUAUGAUAAGUCUGGUUGAAGCUGCCUACGCGAGGUGGCUAGCAGCCACACCCUUGGAGCGGCUGGCCAUUCAGCCAGAAGGGACAGCGGACUUGUGUGAAGGGCAGUGGAUGCGGAUGAAUGCAAGAGCGUCUACAAUGCUGCUGAACGUGAUGACGGAUGAGCUCAAGGCGGACAUGUUGGCGCAGAGGGUCUCUGGGGACACCGGGAAGAUUGUCUUUCGGUUGUUUACAUGGUUUCAGCCAGGGGGCUCUGCAGAACGUCAGGAAAUUCUUCGCCGCCUACAGGUACCCAAUGAGUUCCUGGCCACCGAGAGCGUUGAUGAAGUGCUCAAAACACUGAGGGCCUGGCCGCGCUGGCUCAGCAGGUGCAAAAGCAUGGGGAUGACUCCUCCUGACCCUACAGUGAUGGCGAGGGGCAUGAUGACUACGGUUCGUCUUGACGGGCAACCAACAAUGGAGCAAGUGUGUGCCUACCAAAGGCACCUACAGGCCGAAGUUGAAGGGCUAGUGGCUGGGAUGAUGCAUGCGACGCCAGUGGCUCCUCGGGUUCAGGCCGUGGACGCACCAUCUCCGAAAUCAGACAAGGAGAAGACCACGACCGAUGUCUGCCGCUACUUCCUGAAGGCUGGAGGCUGCAAGAGGGGAGAGAAGUGCAAGUAUGUACACUCACUUCAGAGCUUAGACCGCGAUGCCAGAGCAAAGAAGACAGCAGCGAGAUCCGGAGGUUGCCACUUUGAGUACUACGGCGACGGCGGGGUCUACUCUUGGGAGCUCUACAUCAUCGACUACAACGGACAGCGGGGUGAUUCGUCACCCGAGAAAACAAAGCCGGAAGUUAAGAUGAUGAUCAUCCAGGACAUCCGCGUGGAGGCAAUGGGAACUUCAACGGCGCUACUGGACUCAGGUGCUACCCACUGCUUGAGAAGUGCAAGAGACGCUGACGAAUGGGAGGCGUCCACAGAAGUGAUGGUGCAGCUCGCGGGUUCCAGCAAGCUCCUCAUGCGUAUCAACAAUGGAGGAUCACUCCUGAUGCCACCGUCUUCUACCUCAGGGGCAGCGGCGGGGUCAACUCAGACCAUGGUGCCGGUAGGUAUGCUGGUGUCUACGUUGGGUUAUCGUCUAGACUGGGGACCUCAGCAUUGCAACCUUAUUGAUAAGGACGGAGCGGUCACGAAGCUACGAGUUCAAGGAGGGUGUCCACAACUAUGUGAGCUCGAGGCCCUGGCGAUGAUCUCUCGUAUUGAGGACCGGCGUCGAGAGGCUUUGGAAAAUAUGACACAGCACACCGAGGACACCGUGAACUUGGCCGCAGUCUACAUGGAGCGAACUUGGCACGACUACCUCAAGGAGUAUGUGGAUACUGGUGACUUAGGGACGGGCUUGAGAAGCCUGCGUGAUGCCCCGUUCUUUCAAGGGCUUCCUGGGCAAUGCUUUGAGGGAAUAGUCGACGCUAACCUCAAGCGGGAGGGCUGGAAGGUGAUGAAGGGUGUGGACUUCCUCUCGAGGCCCCAGCGCAGGAGACUCUGGGGGGCGAAGCGGUGGAUCAUCCACCUUUACGCGGGCAACCCAGGACACUACCAGGUCUUUCAAGCGGAUGAGCAUGAUACGGUUGUGCUUGAGUUGGAUGUGGAUAGGUGCAAGGGCCACGACGUGAUGAGGAGUUCUACGUGGAAGCUGUUGCAACUUGGAGCGGCUAUGGGAAAGGUUGAUGCAGUUGUGGGAGGACCACCAGGUCGGGCAGGUGUUCUACAGGAAGGAGAAGUUCCAACGGAAACCGACAUCAAGGCGAUGAGUUUGAUGGCCCGGAUGCUGUGGCUGUACGCGGUGUCAGAGGCAGCUCGAUCGACCAAGGCAGCGGGCUCCAACUACCAGCGGCCUGUGGGAUUCAUGAUGGAGCACCCGACUAGGAGCGGAGGAGGAGACGGUGAUCCGGUUGAUCGCUCAGUGUGGGCGACUACAAUGUGGGAGCAGUUUGCGACCUACUACCAGAUGAGCGAGGUAAGGUUCGACCAGCGGGCAAUGGGAGCUAAGACGUCAACGCCUACUACCAUGGGUACCAACAUUUACUACUUGAUGGGUCUGGAGGGCCUGGGUUUGGAGACGGAAGGAGGCGGCGAGGAAGGAGCACCGAGAACGGGGGUGUGGGCACCGGGCUUUGUGGAUGCGCUGGUGACCGCGCUGAAGUUCUGGACGAGAAUGCCCCGGGAAGCUCCUCGCGUGAUGGCGUUCACCCCAGCCCAAUGGAGGGCCCAUGUUCAGUCGAACCACGCGGACUACAGGAGAGACUGUCUUACGUGUGUGAUGGCAAGAGGUACAGGAAAAAGACAUGGUCGAGUUCGGCAUCCUGAUCAAUUUUGUCUGACGGUGGACGUAGCGGGACCAAUAAAGGCUGGACUUGAUACAACGUCGAAGGGGGCAAUGGGGAAGGGACUACGCUACAUGAUCGUGGCAAAGUUUACUCUUCCGAAGGAGUUCGUAAAGGGCUACAGCGGGCGAGAACCACCAGGUGACGAUGGAAUGGGCGAUGUUGGGGAAGGAUGGCGACCACCAGGCGUGGUCGAUGAGCCAGUGGUGAUCGAGUCGUAUGCACCGAAUGCCAGUCGGAGGGAGUUCCUAGGGGAGGUGAUGUUGCAGAAGAACCACCCGGCGAUGAUGAGCAAGGUCGUCCAGCUACAAGAGGCUCUGAAGGACAAUGGCUCUAUGGCGGUGAAGGCGGCAAUCCAAGACAUCAUCUUGUACUUACAAGCGCAUGGACUGCCAGUACACAGACUGCACUCGGAUAAGGGUGAGACCUUCAACCACUAUAUCAGGCAAUGGCUACGUGAUCAAGGAGUGCGUGCCACAUGGUCGGAGCCGGGAGUACCUCAAGGAAAUGGUCGUGCCGAAAGUACGGUGCGCUGGGUCAAGGACCAGGCGCGAACCUUGAUGAUGGGAGGCCGUGUUCCAACCCGGCUGUGGCCGGCGGCUAUAGAGGCAGCAACGGCUAUACAGAGGUCGCGGGUGCUGGGCUGGAAGUCAAAGUUGCUGGCACCUUUCGGUGCUCCGGUCGUCAUGAAGCAGAAGGUCUUCGAUUCAUCGGGUCCACGAAGGCGAGAGCGAGCAAUGGAAACGAAGUGGGCUAAGGGGCAGUAUAUGGGCCUCAGUAGCUUGCUGGACAAUGGCCACGUCGUGUACAUGGCUCCUACGGAGGAUCAGAAGGAAAAGUUCUGCCAUACCUUUAACGUUCGAGCGGGGCUAGUGGACUACCCCGAGGUGACGCGUGUUCUGUCGACCAAAAUCCUGGAAACGUCACCAGAGGCUACAUUUACUUCUAUGUGGGUGUCGCGGGCGUCAAACAGAGGUCAGCAUAAGGACACCAACAAUGAUGAAAACACCCAGAACUUCGUGCUCCCCAUCAAGCUACCGGAACGUGGGGGAGAGAUAUGGGUGGAGCUCGCGGCAGGUGACAAAGUGGAGGGACAGGUGACGGACAAGUAUGAUGAGAAAGGAAAACGUCAUUUUGGACAACUGCUACCUCUACGCCUUCAUGAAGUACAGCCGUGGGAAGGAGAGCGAAUAGUUCUUAUUGGAUACACCCCGCAAUGCUUGGGGAAGCUCUCGGCGGGUACGAUCGCCAAGUUGGAAGAUUGUGGCCUGGUACCCCCACUGACGCAGAUGCCGGAGUACUUCAUGAGUGGAAGCGACGAGAAGGCGAACAUCAAUACCGUGGGUGUCGUGGAGCCUAGAGAACAGGAGGAGGACCGUGAAGAAAUACCAGUGGAUGGUGAUGACGAGAACUGGGAAAUGUUCCUGGAAGUAGACCGGGGCGCGGUUAAGGUCGGAAGCUCGCUCGAGAAUGAAGUUCAUGAGCGACCCCAAGCUAUGAAGGUGGAGGUUAACUACACCUAUGGGAUCGAGAAGUUGCUGAGCGAGUUGGCCAGUCCAUUGGAAGUAACUCAUACAGUUUGUCCUCAUGAAGCAAUGGCUGCGAUUGACCUAUGGAAGGAAGCAAUCCUCAAGGAAAUGAGCAGUGUGGAAGUCGCAAUACAGCGGCUUCGGGUCGGAACUGAGGAGAGGCGCCAAUGGCUGACCGACCCACGUGCUCAACGGCUACCAAUGAAGCUGGUAUUCACUGUGAAGCCUAACUCGAAGGCUCAGCAAGGAGUGCCAUCAACUUACUACAAGCGCAAGGUCAGACUUGUUAUCUGUGGCAACUUCGCGGCCGCGGAAGCUCACUCUCUGUAUACAGAGUCGGCGCCAUCAGAGGCAGUGAGAGCUGGACUGGUGAUCACCACCCGUAAUGGAUGGUCAGUUGGGGUGAUUGACAUAGUCACCGCCUUCCUUCGUACACCUCUUGGUGAAUCACCUGAUGACCCGGUGAUCAUUGCAACCCCACCAAAGAUCCUUUUGGACCUACAGCUCAUAACCAGCCAGGAACUGUGGGCACUUGUACGUGCUUUAUAUGGCUUGAGACAAUCACCAGUUCUUUGGUCGCGGCACCGAGAUCGCCGCAUGGAGCAAAUGGUUCCGCCAAAAGGCUUGGUUAUGAGUCGAGGAAAAACCAUCACAAGUUGGUGGUCUGUCAAGGACCGCAGCGGGCGCUUGAUGGCAAUUAUCCUGAUCUACGUGGACGACUACAUGAUCAUGGGCCCCGUGGAGUUGAUCAAGGGUUUGACAGCGAUGGUGCAGGGUGAAUGGGAGACCUCCGACCUAACAAUCUUGUCUGAGGAUAAUGAGGUGAAGUUUCUUGGAAUGGAGUUGUCUUUAAGGCAGGGGAGCUUGUGUAUUUCCCAACGAGGAUACAUAGAUGAACUACUACGAGCUCAUGAAGUGGGAGAAAGUGAAGUUAGCAAGAUCCCAAUAAGCAAGGAUGAUGCGACCUACGACCUCCUCCCCACGGACCUGUCCACUCCAGAUGCAGUUCAGCAGGCGCAACAGGUGACUGGAGAGUUACUCUGGUUAUCACAGAGGUCGAGACCGGAUUUGAGUUUCGCGUGCUGUUUGCUAUCCUCCUUAACUACAAGGGCACCGUUCCGGGUGAUCGAGAUGUCUAAGAAGAUUCUGAAGUACCUGCGAGCUACGAGCGGCUACUACCUGAAGGUGACUUGGGCAGAAAACAACCUGGUACUAUACCCGGACGCGGCGUUCGCACCGUCGUCCAGUCGAAGUCAGACAGGUUGGGUGAUUGUAUAUGGAGGAACCCCGAUCCUGUGGAGGAGCACGAGGCAAGCAACAACGGCAUUAUCAACGGCGGAGGCGGAGCUGAAUGCAAUCCUGGAGGGAAGUGUGGCGCUUUUAGGUGUCGAGUCAAUGCUACUGGAUAUCGCCGAGAACAUCACGAACAAGUUUGUGGGUUCGGAUUCUAUGAGUGCUCUUUGUCUUUCAGCUGGGACGGGAAGCUGGCGAACUCGCCACCUCCGCAUAAAGGCUAGUUGGCUACAAGAAGCGCUCUCGAGUGGAGUGCUACAAGCACACCACGUACCAGGGAUUCGACAGCCAGCAGACCUGCUGACCAAAAGCUUAGCGGGGCAGCGAGUACGUGAUCUACUACGACUGUGGAUGAUGUUCGAGGAUGAUGAUAACAGGCGGGCCACUACGACGACAGGGGACGCGCAGAAUAAGAUGAUGGUGGCAAUGAUCUGCUGUAUGUUGAUGGUUGGUACAGCGGGCGCCCAGGAGACCGAGCCGCACCCGGUGAGGACCAUACAGAUUGACUGGGAUGCUGCAGGGGUUAUUAUGGCAUUGCUUAUGAUUCUGGGUGCCUUGGUGGUUUGGGAAUUUCUCAAAUGGGCGGUCGUGGAAGUAGUGUUCGAAUACUCCCCUGGAGCAUCAAGGAGGAAGCUCAAGAAGCUAGCGAGAGAGAGCAGCUACUACGAGUACGACAGCUACUACGAGUACGGCAGCUACUACGAGUUCCGCGACGUCGUCGAGGAGGAGUACAGGAGUGUGCGAGCUACCAAAUAG